AUUCAUUUGAAGAAAAUAGUAAUCAUCAAGUUUCAUUUGAAGAAAAUAGUAAUCGUCAAAUUUCAUUUGAAGAAAAUAAUGAUCAUCAAGCUUUAUUUGAAGAAAAUAAUAAUCAUCAAGUUUCAUUUGAAGAAAAUAAUAAUUACCAGAGUUCAUUUGUAAAAAAUAAUGAGCAAAAUUUAUUUGAAGAAAAUGAUGACUAUUUCGAAAAUAAUAAUUCAUUUGAGGAAGAUGAUGACUAUUAUAUUCGUGAUUUUUCAGAUGAUGAUAACCUAAAUUCAAGUUAUUUUUUAGCUGAUGAUUAUUUUUCUGAUGAAGAAUUCUCUAAAUCAGAAUGUUCAAAGUUUGCAAACAAAAAGAGUUCCAAUAUUACUAUAUCUAAUAAAAUUAAAAUCAACAAUUCUAAUUCAGAAGUCAUC